AUGGCACUUCGUGCUCCGUGCGUCUGUGUAACCGUUGAUUGCGAAUCGAAGUUCUCCAACCAGAUCGCCAGGGCGCAGCAAGAGGCGGAGCGGCUCCGCGAGACCACUUUGACCAGGGCGGUGGCGCUGGCGAAGGACGCCGCGAUGGCAGAGUGCCGAGCCCAGCGGGACAUCUUCGAACUCUUGCUUGAGCCGGUAAGAUGCGCUUAG